AUGGUAGGAAUGAAAUAUAAAAAUUUGUCAUUACCAUCAAGCGCACCGCAACCAAGAUUGACAUGUUCAUUUGGUAACAUUGCAUCACAUUAUAAGCGACACACACUUGGCUGUCCAAUGACCAAUAUAUGGAAACGCCUUGUUAUUGGUGUUGCUACAAUUGAGAUGACAAAGUUGCUUGAAUGA